AUGAAGCUGGUGACAGUCCUCAUGCUGGUCACCUUCCCCCUUUACUGCUAUGCAGGGAGUUCUGGCUGUUCCUUUCUCGAGGAAGUGAUUGCAAAAGCAGCCAAUGCCAGUGUGUCCACGACUGAAUACAGAGCAUCUCUUGAAGAGUUCAUAAACGAUGAAAACACUGCAAAUGCCGUAGACAAAUUAAAGCUAUGUUUUCUCAAGCAGUCAGUUGAAACUCUGGGCAAUUUCAAUGUGAUGAUGGAAAUCAUAUAUAAUAGUAUUUUCUGUGAACCGUUUUAA